AUGACAUCCUACCUUGAGAAAGAAAGGAUCCCAGACCAGUGGAAGACCUCGCGAACCGUUCUUAUCCAUAAGAAAGGGGUUCAGCUGCUUGGAUCACAUCCAGACCGUUUCGAGGGUCAUAGAGGUUUGCCGGGAAUACCGCCUGCCAUUUGUUCUAACCCUGUUCUAACCUAUGAGAAAGCCUUUGACAGCGUAGAAACGAAUGCAGUACUGUCAGCGCUGGUCGAUCAAGGUGUGGACGCGUCGUAUGUGAGGACAUCAGCCAACCGCUACGAUGGAUGCACGACUAGGAUACAGCUUUUCCACCGCCCUCUCAUCAUACCUAUUGGAAAGGGGGUACGACAAGGCGAUACUAUAUCGCCGAAGCUGUUCACGGCUGCAUUGCAAUGGAUAAUGGAAUCACUAUCCUGGGAAAAAAGAUGCAUACGUGUUGAUGGAAGAUUUCUUUCAAACCUUCGUUUCGCGGACGACGUCGUUCUCUUCUCAAGCAGUACCAGUGAAGCAGAAACGAUGCUCAACGAAUUGAACGAAACAGGAAAGAGAAUAGGACUACGAAUAAACAGAAAGAAGACACAGUUUAUGAAGAAUGCCUACUGCGAGGACGGAGGAGUACAACUUGAAGGCUCCCAAAUCAUAGAAACUUCGUCAUACGUAUACCUCGGACGUUCUAUGAACACGGAAAACGAUUUGAAGGAACAACUGAAUAGAAAAAUGAGAGCACUAUGGGCAGAAUUCGCAGCCGUCAGGAAAUGGACCAACUGA